AGAGCUCGGAUGUCGAAUCGAACAGAUGGGCGACUAGAUCUAUGAGUUCCGACAUGAUGGGCAAAUGGUUCUCUAACCUAAAGCUUUAAACUUUCAGUACCCUAACGCGUCUAACGUUAAGUAACCGAGACGCGUUCAAUUGCCGGUUCCUCCCCCCCUAAAACUAUACAAGUCCUAAAUUUAGACGGAGCACCAUAAUCGGUCAUGGCGGAUAAUUCCGAGGAAGAGGUGCGAGAGCAACUAAAAGCUGCACUAUGGUUCGCUGUGGGGAAAAUGGUUGACGAAGAAACCCUGAGGAGGAACAGAAAUGUCACUCCCCAGUUUAUCGGCGCUUUGACAGAGAUGGUCUGGGUUAUUCUAGAAAACGUUGCAUUGGAUCUAGAGAACUUUAGUCGCCAUGCAGGACGCACUACCAUCAACACAGACGAUGUUCUUCUGCUUGCCAGGCGAAAUCAAGAUCUCCAUGCCAUCAUCAAAGAUUUCGUAGACAAGCAAAAGGCUUCCAAGGCAAAGGGCAAAUCGAAAAGAUGAGAUCAUCUCUUAUAUCUACAGAGGGUUAAGGUCUAGUGAUGAUUCUUAUUCGCAUAUUAGCCCAAGACAUAAAGCGGUGUGCUUAGACUACGGCCUCUUGAUAUCAGGCCUAAUUACACGUUUACCUCCUAACACGAGUAGUUUGGUUCCGGUAAGCAAUUGUGUAAUCAUCUACUUGGUUACCAGGGGCGAGAAUUGCAGCAAAAGGCAGAGCACGGCGGGGACGCCUAUAUAGGCAGAUUUCUAGAUGAGCUAGACAUGUCUCAACGGAGAAUCAGCAGACGUUGACCGUAUAUAUGCUAUGGGUGCCUUCUGUCGUGUUGCAUGAGAAAUCCGGGAUGCUUAUGAGUACGACGUUUAGACCGCGGUAGGAUGGGAUGUUCUUAACAUACGUACAAUAGAUGGAUUAAGGUCGAAAAAUGUAGCGAGAUCUUUGCGAGCCUCUGACUUAGGAUCACCGCAUAUCAACGUGGCCAAUAUUAGUGUUUUAGGGUAUGGUUAGCAUUACGCACGUAUACAACACUCGGAAAGGGGCGAUUCAAACAUUUACCUCGUUGGUAGUGGAAUUUUAUAAUAUAGCACUAGAAAACACUAGCUAAGGAAGCAUCUGACCAUUGAAUGGCU